UCCGGUGUCUCUUCGCACUCAAACUGCAGAAGCGGAAGUUGAAGGCGGGGAAAAUUAAAAAUGUCUGCUCCGAAAACCAUCCCGAAAGACGCUCAGGUGAUGAUCCAGAUCCUGAAGGACAUGGGGAUCACCGAGUACGAGCCCCGAGUCAUCAACCAGAUGUUGGAGUUCACCUACAGAUACGUGACGACCAUCAUCGAGGACGCCAAAAUCUACGCCACACACGCCAAGAAGUCCAGCGUGGACGCCGACGACAUCAAACUGGCGAUCCAGUGCCGCAUGGACCAGUCGUUCACCUCGCCGCCGCCACGAGACUUCCUGUUGGAGGUUGCGAGGCAGAAGAACCAGACUCCUCUCCCGCUGAUCAAACCCUACACCGGCCCCCGCCUCCCUCCAGACCGCUACUGUCUGACGGCGCCCAACUACCGACUCAAGUCCAUUCAGAAGAAGGUGACGUCGUCUGCUGGCAGGAUAACGGUGCCUCGCCUCAACGUCGGCUCCGUCUCCAGCCGGCCGGGCACGCCGACCCUCGGAACUCCGUCUGUCCAGUCCGUUACCUCUAAAGCGGGAACGCCGGUGUCUCUGACGGGCCAGAGGUUCACUGUGCAGAUCCCGCCACCCUCUCAGACGGUCACCACCAAAACCAUCACGCCGUCCACGCCUGCCGUCUCCAACGUCCUCAUCAACCCGUCUCUGAUUGGCUCCAAGAACAUCCUCAUCACCACCAACAUGGUGUCGCAGAACUCGGGCGGCGCCGGAGACUCGCUGAAGAGGAAGCACGAAGACGACGACGACUACGACGCUUUAUGACGGCGCGACUGAAGGAGACAGAUCUUUUUUAUUAUUUCUUCUGGGUUUAUUUUUUUUUGUUGAAUUAAUCCCCUUUUAAAUAACCAGGUUAACCACUGCUACUGUUCUCACCAGGAACUGAUCCACAUUAUUAAGGACUCGUGGUAGUUUUAGCUUCCUAGAAGGUCUGUUUGGACCAGAGAAGACCUGCGGCUUCGGACGGGGAGAGCUCCGAUCAAGACUGGACUGUGGAUUCAAACUGAAGAAACCCACUCUGAUGUUCCACUGAUUUACAAUAAACUGCAUUAAAAUUAAAACUGAGUUGCAUCUG